AUGCUCCUGGGUGAAGCGGAGAAGCUCGCAAAGCCGGAGCCUCGAUCCUGCAGCUUCUUUAAAGCCGUUUCUCAAAAGGAGUCUUUUGAGAAGGGAACGCAACUUGUCUCGGAUGCACUUGGGGGUAAAGCCCUGUCUACCCUCCAGAAAAGGUACGGGCAAUUAUCCAAGUACGUCACUUGGUGCAACGACACAGGAUGCAUAGGCUUCCCCCUUUCUUCGGAUCUUGUGCGGCAAUACACCGAGUUUGCAGUGAAGACCAAAGGGCAUGGGUCAGUGUCCAGCAACCUUGAGUCUUUCAACUUUGCGAUCUAUGUCCUUGGUGUUUUCAAUAAUGAGCCUCUCCGGUCUGACCCGGUCCUGACAGGACGUGCUCGUCGCGAGAGAUUGAACAAGCCUCCCAGGAGGCAGGCUCGCUCGUUUCUCGUUGCAGAAGUGCUUCACCUCGAGGGUUUCCUUGCGUCCGAAUCCAAUGCACUUUUGGACCGAUUUGCCGCUGGUUGCAUGCUCUUCGCGAUCUUUGCCAGGGCGAGGUUAGGCGACUUGAAGUCCGUGUCAAGGUUCACGCUUGACCUUGCAGAACCAUCUGCAGACUGCGCCGAAGGGUUCUUGGAGUGUUACUCUUAUAGCCAUAAGACUAAGUCUCUUAGCAAUGCGCUCGGCUUCAGGUUGCCUCUUGUGGCUCACGUAAAAGGACUGGGGCCUCGCAUCUGGGGACUUGACUUCUUGGAGGUUGCACGGCAAGUGGAUCAAGACCUUCUUCAGAAGGACGAUGGUUCUGCGCUGUUGUGUGUGCCCACGUCUGUGGGCUCUUUGCUCAACCAUCCGAUCAAGAACGAAGCCUUCGUGGUGUGGAUCAAUGGCAUCCUUAAGGAUCUCCCUUUCUUCGGAGGCCACUUCACCGGCCACACAGCGAAGUCUACCUUACUUCCUUGGUUGGCCAAAUGGGGCGGCUCUGAGGAUGACAGGGCCAUUCUUGGGCAUCACAUGCCUAAGAGCAAAAGCGUAGCCACUUACAACAGAGAUCUUCAGGCUGGGCCUUUGAGAGUGCUGUGGUCUCUUCUAUGUGACGUUCGGUCUGGAGCUUUCCUUCCUGAUUGCACACGCUCUGGCCGCUUUGUCCGUCAAGUCGAUGAUCCAGGAGUGGAGCCGGCCCUUGAUGUUCCUCCUGGUCUCUCUGAUGGGGCCCUCAGCCCUGACCUUGACCUCGGCAUCUUAGGUGAGGGCCAAGAGCCUGUGAACAUGGGCAGCGAGGUUGGCCCUGAUGAGGAGUUGGCGUGGUACCGCAACCAAGAGCUGGAGGAUGCUGACAUCGAUGCUUUCCUCAACGCGAGCCGUGGCAGUGAGCUUGAGCCCUGGGGUCUCUCAGACCCUCCGCCCGAACCGGGGGCUUCUGAUGAUCCCCAUGUGGAGGGGGAUCGAGAUGGCAGCGGUUCAGACUCUGAAUCGAGUUCGAGUUCCAGCUCUUCUUCGAGCUCUUCAAGUGCUGAUGAAAAUGUCCAGGCAGCAAGCGACUUAGCAUGCAGAUUGAGGCAUCACGUCGUGGAGGGAUGCAAGCUUUACCAGCAUUGCAGGACAAAGACUGUGCAUCGCAUGCUUGAAAACUCGAGCGACGAUAAGUUUGUCUGUGGCAGGCCUCUCACCAAAGACCAUCGCCCCUUCAGGACCUUGGUCAAGAUCACUGCUUGGGAUUGCAAGCAAUGUGCUCAGAGAAAGCCGAUUAGCAACACCGGCGCCCUUGUCGGCGCGCUUGAUGCUGCCUUGGGCAAGCGUUGA